AUGACCAUCACCAGUGAAACUGCCAAUGACUCGGCCAAGACGUCGGGCUUAAACGGCUCUUCAAAACAUGGCAAUGGAAUCGCCCAGGGCGGGUUCAAAGUUGGCACCAUUUGCUGUGUGGGUGCCGGUUACGUUGGCGGCCCCACCGCUGCCGUUAUCGCCUUUGAGAACCCCACCAUCAAGGUGACGGUUGUUGACCGAGACCGAGUCAGGAUCCGUCGCUGGAAUUCUCGCCACCCCCCAAUCUACGAGCCCGGAUUACACGACAUUGUUCGCGUUGCUCGCGACGGGACCCGCGACUUCACCUUUCCCAACCAGGACGCAUCCGAGAGCGAGGCCCCGCCUGGCCAGACUUUGGUCGCCAGCCGUCCUGCUAACCUCUUCUUCACCACCGACGUCGCCAAAAGCAUUGCCGAGGCCGAUGUCGUCCUCGUCGCGGUCAACACUCCCACCAAGGAACGUGGGGUCGGUGCAGGCAGCGCCACCGACAUGACUGCUUUCGAAGCCGUCACGGCUGUCGUUGCAGAACAUGCUCGGGAGGGUGCUAUUAUCGUUGAGAAGAGCACAGUUCCUUGUAGGACAGCCCAGCUGGUUGCUGAUACUUUGUCCAUGCACCGUCCAGGCGUGCAUUUCGAAAUCCUGUCCAACCCAGAAUUUCUAGCCGCCGGCACCGCCGUCAACGACCUUCUCUACCCUGACCGCAUCUUGAUCGGGUCUGCCCCGACUCCAUCUGGCAAAAGGGCCGCCGAGGCACUCGUUGAUGUGUAUGCUGCGUGGGUGCCUCGAGAGCGGAUUCUGACCACCAACGUCUGGUCGUCCGAGCUGGCCAAGCUCGUUGCAAACUCCAUGUUGGCUCAGCGCAUUUCCAGCAUCAACUCCAUCUCAGCGGUUUGCGAGCAAACUGGCGCAGACGUCGACGAAGUCGCGCGGGCUGUCGGCGUCGACCCCCGCAUCGGCAACAAGUUUCUGAUGGCCGGCAUUGGCUUUGGAGGAAGUUGCUUCAAAAAAGAUGUCCUGAAUUUGGUCUAUCUGGCAGACACCAUAGGUCUUCCCGAGGUCGGCGAGUACUGGCGACAGGUUGUCAAGAUGAACGAUUACGCUCGCGAUCGAUUCACCAACCGUGUCAUCAAGUGCCUGAACAAUACCCUGGUGGGCAAAAAGGUAGCCAUACUUGGCUAUGCCUUCAAGAAGAACACAUCUGAUACCCGCGAGGCGCCGGCAUUGGAGAUGAUACGGACGCUCCUGGAGGAAUGUCCAAGAGAAAUCGCCGUCUUCGACCCUUGCUGCAACCCGCUAGUCAUCAAGGAGGAGAUCAAGGUGCUUCUUGGACCACUUGAUUCCGGCAACAACAUAUCUGUCUACGGCAACGCCUAUGACGCCUGCCACGGGGCAAAAGCCGUCGUCAUUGCGACCGAGUUUGACGAGUUUCGAAACCAGCCCCCUCCCAAGGCAGCACCAGCGCCUGCGCCUGCGCCUGCACAAGAAGCUCGGCUGAAAACGAUUGGCGGCAAGCCAAACCCCAAAUCCGAUCCGCGGCCUUUCAAGACCGCAGCCCCAACCGCAAAUGAUGUACUAGCUCUGCACAAAUACCUUGUGCAACGGCCGCACGAGAAAUCGGACGAUCCGCUUGACCGUUUCAACGCGGAGCCUUGUUGCAGCCAAGACUGCCCCGACUGCAUACAGGAGAGAGAAAGCAAGAAGACGGGCCAUGCCACGGGCAUGGGCAGCGCCGAAGAAUACAAGCCCAAGGAGCGCAUCGAUUGGGUUCGCAUCGCGGAUGCCAUGGCCAAGCCCCGAUGGGUGUUUGAUGGGCGUGGAGUCAUUGACUCGCGCGAAAUGGUCAAGCUGGGGGUGAGAGUAGAAAGCGUGGGACGCCAGCAUCGGUUUUGA